UAUUAUUAUUAUUAUUAUUGCGAUAACAUUUUGUAUUGCUGAUGUUUAUAUAUAUAUAACAAUAAGCGUACUGGAAAAAAAGAGCUGUCUCUGCAUUUUUUCAAUCGGGAUAGUACUAAGCGUGUCCGUCACAAACGGCACUGCGCACAGACAACAUUCAGUUCAGAAGAGCCGCGUUUACUGAGAGAGCAGACAGACAGACAGACAGACAGACAGACAGACAGACAGACAGACAGCAACACCACAAUCCGCUCGGAACCGAACCCCCGUCUCUCUCGCUUACAGGUUACGCAGGCACUCACAGCAACAAAACAAAAUAACGUGUUCGGGUCCAUUUAAACCCGAACACCCGGAGCGUCCCAUCUGUACAGCUGGCGGGACGCGGAGACAAAAAAAAUACAUCUGCCUAAAAAAUACACAGACGCGUCAAGCUCGUGUUUAUUAAAAGGAGAACAACGCAUUUUCUUUCGCGGUGGGAGUUAAUCUGAAGACGACGCGACGGAGAAGCGUUUUGAAGGAUUUAUUGGACCAAGUUGCGCCUGUUUCUUUGUAUUUUUUAAUUUUUUGAAGCCCCCUAGACUCCAGGUGUGGAUGGACUCGCCCUAAUGUGCGGCUCUUCAUAGAGCUGUUUUCACCCUGGCUGUACGGGAGCCGCUACCUGUCCGGUGCGCUGAGUUUCAUUGAAGGGGUUCAGCGAUAUUAAACCCAGGUUUGGGUGACACCCACAGCGCGAAGGUGUCGGUAAAGCAUAGACUCCGCAGAAAGUUGGCCACUUUUUAACCGUGUGCUUUUUUUAAUCGUCUUGUUUUUCUUUCGAGAUAAAUGCAUACGUACGUUUUGCAAUCGCUUUGUUAACGUUUUAGUUUCCUAAUAGCAGACUGUACAACUGCAUUUAGUAUUAUUAUCGUGUUUGUUCUUUAAAUCUGGUCUCCCCCGUGGGCGCCUGUUGCAAGCAGUACACAGAGAAUAUAUCUUCGACAGGUCCGCCGGUCAGUCUCGCCCCAUGGGGGCUGUCUCGUAGACCCCCGAGCCACGCGGCUAUGUUGAGGAGAUGACCAGCCGCCAGCGAGCGCUCCCGCUGCUGCUGCUGCUGACGACGCUGUGCGGGCAGGGCUCCCUCUUGUGUCCGGCGGGCUGCCACUGCGCCUGGGACAGCGGGACAGUGAGCUGCACCAACGCCGGGCUGCAGGAGAUCCCAGCCUCCAUCCCGCGGGACACGGUCACGCUGCACCUGGACGGGAACCAGAUCAGCACCGUGCGGGACGGGGCGUUCAAAAACCUGCCGCGCCUGCGCGAACUCGACCUGUCCCGCAACCGGAUCGAGAGCCUCUCCCCGGGAGCCUUCAGGCACCUGAGCCCGGAGCUCAAGCUCCUGGACCUGUCUGACAACCAGCUGCAACUGGCCAGCAAGGAGGACCUGGGCCCCACGCGCGCCAAGACCCGCCUGCACCACAACCCCUGGCACUGCAGCUGCGCCCUGCAGGAGCUGAUCGAGACGGUGAACCUGGAUCCGGAGACGGUGAGCGGGAUCGUGUGCGAGAGCUCGGCGCAGGGGCCCCAGCACUCCGGCCAGCCCCUGGUCAAGCUGCUGGACGAAGGGGUGAACUUCUGCAGCCUCCAGCGCAAGACGACCGACGUGGCCAUGCUGGUGACAAUGCUGGGCUGGUUCUCCAUGGUCAUCGCGUACGUGGUCUACUACGUGCGGCAGAACCAGGCCGAGGCCAGGAGACACCUGGAGUACCUGAAGAGCCUGCCCAGCCCGCUCAAGGAAGCCAGCGUGGAGGCAGACACGCUCAGCACGGGCCUGUGAGCCGGGGAGUGGGGCACCCAGCUGGCUUCACUACUUGCUCGUUCUUGGUUGACAUUUGUUGUUCGGGAUUUCCAAAACCAGCCAUUUACCAGUCCCCUAAGAAAAUCUAAAGCUGUGUUUUUUUCUGAUUGGUAUUUUAGGAAAACUGUUGACUGUUCGAGGACUUAAGUAGGACUAGCAAAUAUGUUGCCGUUGUUUAAUUUACUGUCUGUGUAAGUUUAAUAUUUUUAAAAAAUUUUUAGGGGAAUUUGAUUUACUCAAUCGUGUAGCCUAAUCAGAUUAACAGGGCAGUGGAAUUAAGGUCUGCCGCUGGUAAGACUAUUAAAAUACCAGCCCAUUGCUAGCUCUGAAAGUAAUAAUAAAUUUGGAUUAUAGGAUGCGGUUGCUUAGCCCUGGGAUAAGAACUGAUUCGAUUCUGUAGGAUUCCCAGCAGCUAAUUUCAACAACCUUGAUUUCUGAAUUAUUUACGCUGUAAUAAAAUUUUUUUUUAAAAAAGUGCUGGUUUGGUUUAAAUUUCAAACCGUUUCGUUUCUAGCCCCUAACGCUGCCAACGUAUUGAUGCGCAACUUUAGAAACUGAGCCGGGAGGCAGGCAGCACACCAGCAGUUUAACACCAGCCUGCCUGAGGUUCAGCAGCCGAGGCUUUAUAUAUGUGUACGGGCGGUGGUGCGUUUCACUGCAGGUAACACUGGAGCCGUGGACUGGUCACUAUCGGAGCUGUUUGAACGGAGGACCAGGUGUGUGUGGGAUCUGUAACUAGAACUAAAACGCCACUGCAGUUCCCCAGUGUUUCCAGUUUACCAGUCUUUCUACACUUCCUUGAAGUGUAUUAGCUACCCCGUAGCCCAGUGGUACCUUUGAGAUCUAGUCAGCUCCAGUCCAGGUUUUACUCCAAACAGAUUCUUAUGUAGUUGAAGCUGCUAAGAGGCAAUUAGUUCAUUUACGACCUGGUUGGAAUAAAGACCAGGACUGGAAUAAAUCUCAAGGGCCGGAGUCGAGUACCACAGUCAUAGCCUUUUAAAAUAAUUCUCUACUCCUCCUCUCCGUCACUGACGUAGUUCAGGUUGCUAAAGGUUUACAAAACCUGAUUAGCACCGAACUUAGAUUUAAUGUUUGAACGAGGCAGUCCGUGAUUACCCCAAACCUUUUUUUAAUAAUAAAACUGUCCAAAAUCUGUUCUUAUUUUCCCCCACCCUCCUCUGGUGUCAAUUUCCGUUUUUCAAUUCCAAUUCAAUUUCCAAUUUCUUUUUUUAAAAUCAAUUCCAGGUCCAUU